UUUUUUUUUUGCUCUGAGAAUCAAAACCCACCAGGCCACGAAACCGCUCAAAAGUAGAAAACAUUGCAUAAAAUUCCAAAUCCAAUAUCCAUUUUCUCAUCUCUUCGCUCUUCCCCGCCCGCACUCAAGACUCUUCAGCUAAUCUCCGAAGGUUUUUCUGCUUCUGAGUUCUAAGGAGCGCUUAUUAACUUGGAAUUGGAGUUAACUGUGAGCGUUUAAUCCAACAAGGAAGAAGUAUGGUGGGAUUUUCUUUUCCCUUUGGUUUAGUAUCCAUCUCUGGCUAUCUUGCCCCUGAGAAAGAAUUUCACUUGCUGGCAUCUGUCUUCUUUGGCAUCAUUCUCUGCAAUAUUGUUUACAGAUUAACGAGGCUUAUUAGCCUUCUUAGCGUCGAGGGAUAUGACAAACUCACCAAAGCAGAAAAAGUUGAAUGGAACAACCGGGGGUUCUCAACUGUUCAUGCUAUUGCCGUAGCAUUUGCAUCUUUUUACCUUUUAGUGCUGUCAGAUACUUUUCAUGAGGAUCAUCGUGAUGAGCCAAUCAUUAGUAGAAGAUCUACCUUUUCAGAUACAACAUUGGGGAUCUCCAUUGGAUAUUUUCUGUCAGACUUGGGAAUGAUCUGUUGGCAUUUUCCUGCUUUGGGUGGACUGGAGUAUGUUUUGCAUCAUGCACUGUCUAUGUACUCAAUCAUUCUCUCCCUUUUAAGUGGAAAAGGCCAGAUUUACAUACUAAUGGUUCUGUUCUCUGAGAGCACGACUCCUUUCGUAAACAUGAGAUGGUAUUUGGAUGUUGCUGGUAAGAAGAACUCUAACCUGUACGUCUUCAAUGGCGUAGCAUUGUUCCUCGGGUGGCUGGUUGCAAGGAUUCUUUUGUUCGUUUACUUUUUCGUCCACAUGUAUAUCCAUUUCGAUCAAGUCAAGACAAUCUUCCCUUUAGGAUUUUACAGCUUGCUCCUGGUGCCUCCAAUGUUGUCUAUGAUGAAUCUCAUUUGGUUUUGGAAGAUAACCAAAGGUUUGAUCAAAACUGUUUCAAAGGCCAAACACAGUGAUUGAUCCUUCUAUCUUGCAAGUCGGGAAUUCGACCUACCCAAAUGCACAUUACUUGUACGUCUUCUUCCCUUGUUUCUUGAUUGAAUGUGAAAGGCGAAUGGAACAAUCACUAGAUGUGGAUAACUUGUUGGUACAUAAAUUUUUGGUUCUCAUCAACUUUUAUGUCAUAUUUUUUGUUACUACUGGAGAUUAAACUCGAAAACUCAUAUACGUCGCCAUUUUUCGUGAAGAGUUCGAGUCAAUAUCUAAGCCCUUUACUUGCAGAACUUCCGAUGAGAUUGGGGAUGAAAUGGAGUAGCACUGUCUUUUAUGUCUCUUCCAACUUCAACUCGUACGAAUGAGUUGUGCCAAAAUUGUUAUCCGUUGAUUAUGAAAAUGAUUUUCACAUAC